CAUCUCAUUGAGAGGACGGGACGUACAGCGCAAACCUAUAGAGGUUUCUACAGUUUAUAUUGUUUUUCGCGGACACAUUGAGCCACUCAGGUUAAGGUUUAGUAAUUAACUUGCUGCUACAAUGACUGAACAGCCUGCUACUGUGGACAAUAAAGUUGGAAAAUGUCUGCUUCACAACUGGGUAGAAGAGAGGGCUGUUGCAGCUCUUGACACACAGGAGACAAAGGCACAUAUCCAGAAACAUGGACACAGAGGGAUUCUCACAAUAGACCAGGAGUCGAAAAUGGAGACUGUCAGCACGCUGAGAGCAGCUUACAUCCCUCCAAAGAGUCCAGGGGUGAGGCUGCGGGGCAUUAGAGGUGAGCUUUUGGAAAAACAUAUCGCCCAGAUGAUAAGUGAGAAGAUUCAUGCUGACCUGAAUCCACCGACUCCCAAAACUGACUUCUGCUCUACAACCAAAAACGAUUUCUGCAUGGAAGGAUUUGUGCCCCUUACCCCUGAAACAACAGAAGUAUGUGUUUAUGAUUAUAAAACUGAGCAGGCCGUCACAUUUUGGAGUGAAAAUUACCAGAGGAUACAGGGUGUGACGGCUGUAGGGACCCCAAACAUGCCUUUCAGAAAGUCAGCCCUGUUCAGCACACCCAUUAGUGAGCGGCUGGAUGAGAUCGAGCCCCCACCUGAUAACUAAGACAUCGCUUCAUAACCUGUUAAUGCCUGAAUUAUAUUUAAGUGGUAAUCCACUUUAAAGGUCACUGUCAUUCUCAACAAUGAUGAAACCUCUGGUGAUUAGCUAUCAUUGUUGCUUUUUUAACUGUUUGGUUACAUUAUUACUGCCUGGAAAAACACAGAAAUCACUACCAGAUAUUCAGCUGAUGUCAUGUAGACAAAACACACAUGUUGGGACAUUAAACCUGCCAAACAAACUGUCUCUGAACUUAAUAAACCACACCAACCUAUUUCUCACAUUUGCAGAGAAAAAGUUGCCUCCAUGUUUGACAACUACCUAAAUAUAAUAAUUUUUCUAUCACCAAAGUCUGUAACUCUGGUGAGUAGAGACCCAAAAUAUUAACAGUGACACACAGUGUAAACAACAAUUUCUAAUCCUCUUUUGUUUUUUCUUGAUUAUCCCGAUGUUCAAUGUAUGGUUACUUUACUUUUGUCUUCUGAAAUAUGAAUCCCCUUCUCAACAUUUUAUGUUGAUGAAGUUUAACAUCUGUAGAUUCCAUAUGUCCUCACUACCAGUUCACCUUGUAGUUAUUUCUAAAGAAAGAAGAAAUGCAGUUGUCAUUCCUGGA